AUGCAGCCGGGCACUCCAGGGCCAGCAAGCAACCCAGAAGGCAGUGACUCUUCUUCCGCAGAUCCGUCGCUCCUGUCUUCCUUCAUGGGUGGCUAUCCGCAAACUCCCGACCAGAACACUCGGGCCGCAGACAUGGAGGGCGCUUCACAAGUUGAACCCUCUCGGACGGUCGGAGAUGCAACUUCGCCCAAAGAGCCCGCUGCGAAGAACUGCAGUUCCGCGCCGGCGGAAACGAACCCCGAGUUCAAACUCGAGGUGCGGGCGUACUGCCUCGAGGGAAAGGACGGACCGAGGCCGAAGACUCCCGAGGCGAAGAACGACCUGACGAUCGAUGCCUGCUCGACAGCGCAUUCCUCAUCUGGGCUCAAAGCUUCGAUCUCGUCGGACUCGUGUUUGACGGGAAGAACUGAGGCUUGUACUCCCGAGCCUUCGGAACAGAAUUUGAAGCGCGAGACGAGGGACGCGGGCUCCUCUCCGGCCGAAAACGCCGAGCAGCCUCCCCUGGGUUCCCACACAGACUGCACAUCUCAGGACAGAGCUCUCCCGUGCGCCCCAGAAAGCGAAAUCGUGGACUCCUCCGCGACGGUCACAUCUGACGCGGGACCCGCGAAGCUGUGCGCGGGCUCGCCGACUCCGUCCCGGCCAGAGACCACUGGAACCGCCGAGAUGUCUUCCUCGGAUAACUUGGGAAACAGUCUUUCGUCCCCCGACUCUGCGGCUUGCCAGCUCGACGGGGAAGGGACAAAGAGUGCGUACCAGCAGAACCUUGUCGACGUUUUCAUGCAGUUCAUGAAACAGUACCAGGAACCCGCGCCUGGCGAGGACGUGCAGCACGAGGGUGGGAGCCUCCAGGGCGUCUCUGCCGCCGAUGUCUCUGCGGCGCGCCUCUGGCUCUCUGCGGUUCAGCGCGAAGCAGAUGGGGGCGCAGGAUGGCACGGAAGCCCCGAGGCCUUGAGUCUCUUGUCCGCAGCUGCGGAGGGUCUGGGCGCGUCGGCGAAAGGGAAGGAGUCUGAGGCACAAGCCUCGCUCAGUCGACGGGAACCUUCCCGAAGCCGGGGACUUGGCGCCGCUCGAUCGCUCCAGUGUAGGGACAGUGAGGAGUCCUGGAGCCUCUCGCCUCGACGCGUGAUGGGCGCCGCGAGUGAACUUUCCUCGGGGGUCGUCGCGGGGAGAGUCUCGGACCGAGGCACCGGUGGAGACGUCCGAGACUUCCGCAGGGGGGACGGAGGAAGAGAUGGUCAUUCUGGUUCAGAAAGGCAGGGGGAUGAAGAGUGUGCCGGAGCGUGGACAGGAAAGGGAGUCGAGGCAGCGAGAGAGUGGGAGACCGGCGUGGAUGCACGCGGCAGAGAGACGUCCGACCUGGACGUCCGUGCACUUAUCGACUACUUGCUCCGCCCAGGUGCCUUGGGCAUGGACCAUCGAGAGAGUUUCUCCCGCAGGCACGAGCUCGAUUUGGCGGGUGCAAGGAAUGGGCCCCAGUCCUCCCGGUCCCUUCGAGGCGGGGCCUUCGAAGGCAUGAACUACGAGAAGGAGUCGACACAGGACGCCCUGUUGUCUGCUUUGAUAUCGCGUUUCCCGAACCUGCAGCACCAGCGUUUGACGAAGGACGAGGCGCGAGAGGACGAGGACAGCGCGCAGAGCCCUGCAGCGUACAGAGAUCACGUGUCGCUGCCCAAAAGAGUCCACAUGCGCGGCAACUUCCCCCCUGACCGCAACAUGAGGAAUUCUCGAGACCCAGAGGAAACUGAAAGUCCCUACCAACGCAGGCGGUCCUCCAUGCAGCAGACAUCCGGAAAGGGGCGGUGCGGGGGAAUCGAGGGGAACAGUUCGGGUCGUGGAGCCAAGUCCAUGUGGCUAGGUGCGGAGUCUGAUGACCGAGGAGACGAUCGCAGCAGUGGCGACGAUAGGCAGGCAAACAAAAAGCGGGGACGAGGCCCCGUUGCCGACGAAGACGUGGAAGACUCUGCACUAGGCGAUGAGGGAGACGACGUGGUCAAGAGGAUCCGUUCCCUCGGCCGCGGAAAAAAACCGGGAGCGAGCCCUCCCGGGCGAGCGGACACAAGAUCCCCGAGAGCCGAAGUGAGCAAGGCCGGGAGAAAUCGGGCGAGAGGCGCCGCAGGCCGUGGCGCGGGCGCGGCAGGCCGGAGGAAUAACGACGACGAGGGGAGCGAGUUUUUGGGCUCCGAAGUGCCGGGCGAUGAGGCUUCCUGUAGUGGGCUGCUUUUGGGGAAGCGCGAGGAUGGGCACAGGCUUCCCCAGCCCGACGCGUCUGCCGCAUCCAGCUCUCGGGACAUGGAACCCGGCAGCGCGAAACGCGAACGCGGCCCCAGCAGAGGCGCCGGCAACAAGAUCGGACAGGCGGGAAGCCACGACCGGGUGGACCGCGAAGAGCCGUCGGGCGCGGGGGCUGAGGACCUCGAGUUCCUCGACCCUGAGGGCGAAGACGAAGGCGCAGCCAACACGUUGAUAACCGGAGAAGACGAAUCGCUCAGCGAGCAGCAAGUCGCGCUUCUGAAGCACAUCUACGAGGUUCUGAGCAAAGCAGAGGAGUACUUCAGCUUCAAGUCUGCUCUCUACCAGCUGCACAUCAAGAGGCACCUGAAAAGCUGCGUCUGCUCGCCGUCGGGCAACAAUGCCCAGAACAGCACGAAGGCCAUCCGGCUCUUCCCGUUCAUGCCAGCGGUCCCCAUCAACGGAGUGGAGCAGCGCGCGCUUCUCGGAGUCCGCAAGCGCCUGGAGGCGGGCGGCAGCUCGGUGCUCGUCCCAGGCGGCCCGGGUCAACAAAUUCUGGAGGAAAUGGACGAACUUCUCACUUCUCUCAUCAACAAGCUCUUGUUGAUCAUCGUCGUCAAGUACCAGACGUGUUUCAUUCACGCUCCCGCCCGGGCGCAGCUUCGCGAGUUCCUCGUUUCCUUCGUCUUCCCAGGAGACCCCGCGACGCAAAUGCUCUUUCGAGACCAUGUCCAGGCGGUUGUUCACGCUCGCAUUCGGCAUUUCAGAGACUCCGUCGGACGAACCCUGCGGCAGAACCAGCCGACAAGCCGCCGCCGGUGCUUCGCCGGGGAGUCAGGACCAGGACAGGCAGACGGCUGGGGAGCCGGUGACGCUGGCGCCGAGCUUGGCGUCUCGGGAAGGUCGGCCGUGGCUACCGCCUUCUCGAACAAGAGUGCGAGUCCAGAGAGUCCGCGCCGCGGUGUGUCGCCGGCGCUCGCGGCGCGCGCUUCCGGGUGCGCAAACAGGGACCGGCGAGAGGAAGAAGAAAGCGGAAACAGAAGAGAAUUCGGCGCGAGCACGGCCGAGUUCCUGCCGACCGCAACUGCUCAAACGGCUGCAAGCAACCCGGGCCGGAGCCGUCCUUCGGGAACUGCGCCGGAGAGCUUCACGAGACGCGCUGGAGCAGACACGAAGAAAGGCCAGAGAGGCGGUCUACUCGACGCAGUUGGAGGCGGGCAACACAUCCGCCGCCUGGAGAACCCGUUCAGCCCGGUCCCGUCUGAGGACGAGCACCUGUGGAACGCAGGCGAAUUUUCGGAUCGGCGCCUCGCAGUCGAGACCCGAAGAAACGGGUUGAUGGCUGGGAACUCGGGUGCUGUACGCAGGGGUCGGAGGAACGGAGACAGUAGCCUCGUUGAUGAUCACGACUGGACCGGGACACAGGGGAAAUCGCGAGAGCAGCUGCUCGAACAACUCCAACAGACUCUCCUCAUAGCCACCGGAAAUGGACGAGACGAAGGCCUUGCGUCGCUCUCCUGGGAUGCACAGGAUCAGCUCGAACAGCUCCUCCAAAGCGCCGCUACCAACGCGCCUGCUCUCGCGGGCCUUGCAGGACAGCAGGAUGGCACGGGUCCGUGGAGAGGGACUGCCUGUAGCCCGUCAUUCGACGAAGAGGGGGGCCAGACCGCUGCGCGCUCAAGAGGGAGACAGAACAACCGAGACGAGUGGAACGCAUUCAAAGACCUGGGAGAGAAUGAAGAACUUCGCCACAUCUAUGGAGCGUCAUCUCGCACCAAAACAGGCAGUGUACAUAGCGUGAACAACUCCAGGCACGCUUCGCAUAGCUUCGCGGGCGAUCGCGUCGGAGCGCAGGACACAGGCCAUGACGUGGCAGCCUCAAGGAAGGACAGACUUCGAGAUGCCGGUGAGGAGUCCACUCUUGCGGCCAGAAGCGUGAGGGGAUGCAGCAAAAUCUAA